AUGUUAUUAAUACUAACAUUAUUUUCAAUCAUAUUGUUGUUAACCGUUGAUUACCGAUGCAAUGGCCAACAACACCAACAACAAKACAACAUUAUCGGCGGUAAAGGUGUCUAUCGGAUACCCUUACACAAGAUGCCGACCGUCAGGAGUCACCUCCAGGAGGUCGGGACAGCCAUCGACCGAUUCUUACCCRCCGAUCGUUGGAAAGGCUACCAACCGGGCCGACCGAUACCCGAACCACUGUCCAACUAUUUGGAUGCCCAAUACUACGGCCGUAUUGGUUUGGGUACACCCSCGCAAUGGUUUCGCGUAGUUUUCGACACCGGUAGCUCUAAYCUAUGGGUACCGUCCAAACAGUGUCGCUGGACAGAUAUGGCCUGUCUAUUGCACAACAAAUAUGACUCCCGAAAGUCRUCGACUUAUCGGCAAAACGGUACWCAACUGGAAAUGCGUUACGGGUCGGGCAGUGUACGCGGCUAUCUGAGCACCGAUUUGCUGACCAUCGGAGCCCAAUCGGACGGUCCCCUACGUAUAACUGGCCAAACAUUUGGCGAAAUUACUAGCGAACCGGGUCUGGCAUUUGUAGCCGCAAAGUUUGACGGUAUACUCGGACUAGGGUUUGACCAGAUAUCGGUCAAUCGAGUGGCUGGUGUGUUCACCAAUAUGGUCAGCCAGCGGCUGGUCAGCGAACCUGUAUUUAGUUUCUAUUUGAGUAGAGGUGGUCCCCCUAAUCGGGGGGAAUCGGGUGGCGGUGAGGUUAUGUUUGGCGGUAUUAAUCACGAUAAAUAUGUCGGUAAUAUAACCUAUGUACCGGUUAGUAAACCCGGGUACUGGCAGUUUACUAUGGACGGCAUAUCUGUGGACGUCGGCACCGGUAGUAGUGGUAGUAGUGGCCAGCAAUCAGCUAACACCCGUCCGAGCCGUCAAUUUUGUUCGGGCGGCUGUCAGGCUAUUGCCGAUACGGGAACUUCGCUGAUUGCCGGACCGACAGCCGAAAUCCGGGAGCUAAACAAACUAAUCGGUGCCCAACCAUUAGUUAUGGGUCAAUACCAGGUCAAGUGCUCCGAUAUGGACAAAAUGCCCGAUAUAGUCAUUACUAUCGGUGGCCAACCAUUUCGUCUGACACCCAAACAGUAUGUCCUCAAAAUGACUACACUGGGYUCGAGCACAUGUAUAUCGGGUUUCCUGGGCCUGGAUCUACCCAAACAUGUCGGUCCAUUGUGGAUAUUGGGCGACGUUUUUAUCGGUCCCUACUAUACAGUGUUUGAUUUGGGCCAAAAACGGUUAGGUUUUGCACAGACUAUUGUCUGA